UAUUGCUCUGGAGAACAAAAAAAAAAAUCUACGAAUUCAGGUCAGCUGAGGAGGAAAUUCGUCAUGGACGCCAUUGAUUCCGUCGUUGACCCUCUCAGAGACUUUGCCAAGGACAGUGUUCGCCUCGUCAAGCGUUGCCACAAGCCGGAUCGCAAAGAGUUCACAAAGGUUGCGAUCCGAACGGCGAUCGGGUUUGUAGUGAUGGGAUUCGUUGGCUUCUUCGUCAAGCUGAUCUUUAUCCCGAUUAACAACAUUAUCGUCGGUUCUGGUUAGAUAACAAGAAGAGAUGGGAGAGAAAGCCUCAAGAAUGUGUAGUUGAAGCUUGUGCUGUCUCAAGAGAGAGAUGCUGGUUGUAGUUUUCUUCAUUUUGUUUUGGGUACUCUCACGAGAAACACAUACGUUCAUGUGAAACAACAGAGACUAGUCUCUUGUUCCUUCUCUUCCUUUUUUACAAGUUAAUUUUGUCCUUUGAUAUUUCAUUUCACCCACACUAAAGUGCUUUUGUCCA